AUGGAGCUAGAAGACGUAGAGAUGUAUGGAAACCUCUCUUAUGAUUACAACUCGUCCUAUGGCAAUGGAUCGUUUGAGAAUUGUCCUAACAUCAAUCUGCCCGUAGUAUACGUGGUCACACAAGUGUUGUACGCGCUCGUAUGCAUCGUAGGUCUACUGGGAAACACUCUUGUCAUCUAUGUUGUACUCCGCUACUCUAAAAUGCAGACUGUCACCAACAUGUAUAUAGUUAACCUGGCCAUUGCUGACGAAUGUUUUUUAAUUGGCAUUCCUUUCUUAAUCAUCACUAUGUCGCUGCGUUCUUGGCCAUUUGGACGAUUUAUGUGCAAAGCUUAUAUGAUCUCAACCGGCAUCAACCAAUUCACCAGCAGUAUAUUCCUUUGUAUCAUGAGUGCUGACAGAUAUAUAGCUGUAUGCCACCCCAUAGCUGCACCUAGAUUGAGGACUCCUUUUGUAUCGAGGGUAGUAUCCGCCGCAGCUUGGACGGCUUCAGCACUCGUUAUGACGCCAAUUUUUAUGUACACAACACUCAUACCGACGGAAAAUGGCCUCUCCUGUAAUAUCGUGUGGCCCGAACAAGAGUUCAGCAAAGGUCAGACGUCCUUCACCCUUUACUCAUUUGCGCUGGGUUUUGCAGCGCCGCUAACUCUUAUAUUCGUCUUUUACUGCCUUGUCAUUCGUAAAUUGAAGACUGUUGGACCGAAAAAUAAAUCAAAAGAGAAGAAACGGUCACACAGAAAAGUAACAAAACUGGUGUUGACCGUGAUAGCGGUGUAUGUACUGUGUUGGCUGCCCUACUGGGCGUUUCAAGUAGCAUUGAUAUAUUCCCCGCCGAGGGAAUGCGCUAGCCGUAUCACUAUAACAGUUUUUCUGGUGGCAGCUUGCUUUAGCUACAGCAACUCCGCGAUGAAUCCCAUUCUCUACGCAUUCUUGUCGGAUAAUUUUAAAAAGAGUUUCUUGAAAGCAUGCACGUGUGCUGCUGGGAAAGAUGUCAAUGCGGCACUACACGUGGAAAACAGCGUUAUACCAAAGAAAAGAGGGGGUGGUGCUGCGCGAGCACAGGCGCGAGCGAUAGAGCAGUCACGGCUAUCGGUAGCGGCGGGAGGAGCCGGAGGUUCGCGCUCAGAAGCAUCUACGGCACUGACGUCGCGCUCUGUGGCAGCCAGUGAAGCAAUGCCACUAGAGGCACGAGCGGCUCCUUUAACUCCCCUCAUAGCCUCGAAUGGUAUGUCUCAUACACGCCUCUGA